AUGGAUGAUUCAGCCCACGUGAUAGCUCCUCAUGUGACCUCUGCAGGUAUCCCUACACAAGCUCUUGAUGCAGCUCGUUUAAGACUAGCACAAUUGGCACAAUCAUUACGAAGGUUACGUGAUGAACUAGCACAACCUCGUCCUCCUGCAGCACAUACUUUAAAUGCACAACUUGCAGUAGCACAAGCACAACUAGCAUCAGCAGCUGCCACUUUACAGCAUUUCCGUUCCACUUUGCGUUCGGCAGUCGCUUACCCAUCAUCUAGUUUUCCCACAACAUCUCAAGAGGCUUUAUUAUUAGCAUUACUAAGAACUAAAAGAACUCCAGAAGUAGAUGCGGCGCUAGCACGUGCAAUCGAUGCAGGUUCUGAUACUACACCUCAUGAUGAUGCACGCGAUGGACGUUGGGCUGUUCAAGCUGUAGCAGCAGCACGUGCAUUGCAUGACGAUGAAGAAGAGGAAGACCCUCGAAUGGCUGUGCCUGUACGUACACGUACCACAACAAGUGAUAGAGCGGCUGCAGAACAAGUUCUUGGUUUCUGUUUCUCUGGUGUUUGA